CUCACUGCUGCUCAUCGUCUUGAGCCACACUUCGGUCUAUAAAUUUAUAUAUUUUUAUAUCAAAGGAGAGGAUCCACUGCUUAUGGACCGCGCCGUUUGGUUUAUUUUAUAUAUUAGUGUUUUAUUUUUUUACUAGAUUAAAAAUAUAUAUUUUUUCUAAAAUCGGUAUUAUUUCUGAGAAGGAUCAGGAUGGCCUCUGAUGAGCUGUCAUCGAAGCUGAACCGGCGGCUCCACAUCGGACAGGAGCCGGCGGCGGCGGCGGCGGCGGCGGCGGGGAGCGGGAUGCCGGCGGAGGACGGAGCCGGAAAGGCGGCCGCUGCGAGCGACGGGAUCGGCGCCGGGGGAGGAGGACCGGGGUCGGGAGAGCUUCCGCGGCGCACCAUGAGGGUGUUCAACCCCUACAACGAGUUCAAGGAGUUCUCCAGGAAGCAGAUCAAGGACAUGGAGAGGAUGUUCAAACAGUACGAUGCAGGGAAGGACAAUUUCAUUGAUCUUAUGGAGCUGAAGCUGAUGAUGGAGAAGUUGGGGGCCCCGCAAACUCACAUAGGCCUGAAGAACAUGAUAAAGGAGGUGGACGAGGAUUUUGAUGGCAAGCUCAGCUUCCGGGAGUUUUUGCUGAUUUUUCGCAAGGCGGCGGCUGGGGAGUUGGCUGAGGACAGUGGGCUGCACGCCUUGGCGCGCCUCUCAGAAAUCGACGUUUCCACAGAGGGCGUCAAGGGAGCCAAGACCUUCUUUGAGGCAAAGGUCCAGGCCAUGAGCGAGUCGAGCCGCUUUGAGGCUGAGAUCCGCCAGGAGCAGGAGGAGAAGAAGAGGCAGGCGGAGGAGAGGAAGCAGAGGCAGGCCGCCUUCAGGGAGCUGCAGUCAGCCUUCCAGUGACUGCCGUGGCCCCGAGUCCGGGCGCCCCGGCACACCCUUCGUCUGCCUGCUCACCCGUCUGUGUUCCCGUAUUUCCUUUCCAUUUUGCAAACCAAGCAUAUACAUCUGCAAGAAUCCAAUAUGCAAGGACUCAGGUGUCUACACAAGAGAUAUCGCUCUUUCAGCCAGGAACACAGUUGAGCACACGAGAGCCUUCAUUCGUUUUACUAAUACGGCAAUGCACUGUAGUGAAGGGCUCCGGUGCCCAUCCGUGGAACGCUGGCUCCUCUGUUAUCCUUAUUUGGGAUUGGACUUGAUUUGUUAAAAAUUACAUACAGGAGACUGGCUUCCACAGGAGCAGCUGUUUGCACCCUGGUUUAGAGCUUGUCUCCAUCUUAGCAUCCAAUAUGGUCUGCCUACAUACCAAGGAUUAGAUACACCAUCCCCCCCCGGCAUGUCUGUAUAUUCUGUAUACAGCAUGUUCUAUAUAUUAGUAAAGAAAUGUCAGUAACAUAAUUAUUUAGUUAGAGCAAGGCACAUCUCAGUCAUUUAUUGCCACAUGAUCAUAAUUAAAUUUUUCUAAAAAUACUGAAAUAAGGACAGCUAAUAUAUCUUACAUGAAAACUUAUUUUCACUGCAUGGAUUUUGCAUGGAUGUAUUAGCAGUUGUAAUGGCAGAACUACAUGGUGAUAGAAUGGCAAACGGUGUUUGAACAACUUAAGUUUAGUCUCGAUUACAGACAUAUCGCCUUAUGGAAGUGACUUUGUGCAUCUUUUUAGAAGAGGGUGUAUCUAAUCCUUUCACACUAUUUAUGGGAACUGUUAUGAACUCCAUUCUUUAUGUGAUAUAUUUUCCUGUGUAAGUAGGAUGCACUUUUCUUAUAAUCAAAUAAUAGUUUAACGAGAUGAUACUCGGGUUGCUUGGAGAUCCUUCGGGUGCCAGAUAUUGUCGCCUUGUGAAAAAGCAAAGAUCCGCACUCACCCAGUUGCCAUCAAAUGCCCAAUGUCCAAAAUAGAUAGUAUCUAUAUAUAUAUAUUUUUUAACAUGUUUUAGUCCACAUCCUAAUAUGUGGUUUGGAUCUUUUUUGCGUAUGGGCUUAGUGGAAGAGAAGAUGUCUCUGCAUGCUUGGUGGUGGGUGUGUUUUGCAUGGUCACUGUGAUGUUCUGACAAUCUUGAUGCCAACGAUGACUCAGCCUGAAUCUCAUCUUCUACAUAUUUGACCCCAGUAUCACCCAAAACUGCCUUAAUUGGAGAAAUUCCAGUCUUGCGAUUUCUGAGUUAUGCCCUAUGGCUUCUCCAGUGCACCGCAAACCCAGCUCAUAACUGAUGGCUUGAUGCUGUGUCGCUACUGACACCUUGUGGGAUUAAGUCUGUAACUCAAAGUUCACAGUCCAAAUUCCAACCAGACUCUCUAAAGGCAAGCUCUCUUUGACAUGUUACAAUAAUAAUGAGUUCUACCGUAAAACUGCAGUAACUCUACCACUGAGAGUCGGUGCUUCCUGUUAUGUAAAAAUGAUUUCACGGGAAAAUAUAAAUGUGGCUCUGUGGGAUGGAUGGCUGGCUGAGGGCGCAUGCCUUGUUCCUCCACCUGUAAAUCACUUAAAGUUAUGAGAAAAUGAGUAACAUUUAUCUGAUGCUUUUCUCCGAAGUGACUUACAGUGUUGAGGUUACAAUUAUUUACC